CUCGUCCCUCCCUCACCCCCUCCUGCUGCCUCCGCGAUGGGUGCCUCGCAGUCAACACCCCAGCAAGACGAGAAGGUCUUCACGCCGGACACCAACCUGCACUUUUCGGAGGAUGUCGUGAACCAGCUCGCCGACCACCAGGCGUCGCCCGAGAUCCCACACGACCGCCAGCUCACCAUCGAUGCGCACAUCCGCUCGCGCAUCCAGUCCGAGCUCGGCCACCUGCAGCAAGAGGAGGAGCGCGUGCGGGAGGAAAUCGAGCGUGCGCUCGAGAAGGAGAACCUCGACCGCGAGCGGGGCAUGGCCGGGGAGGAGAGCGCGUCGGAGGAUGUGUCCGCGGCCGGCUCCGUGAAGAGCAGCGCCGCGCUCAUGGGCGACCUCGAGGAGCUGCGCCAAAAGGUCGAGAAGUACCACACGCGGCGGAGUUCGGAGGAGCUCUCGGAAGUGCGAGCAAAGGGCGAGCAGGUCGUCUCGUGCUACAAGUCGCAUCCGACCACCUCGCUGGACUGCUGGAAAGCCGUCGAGGAGUUCAAGUCUUCGGUAGCGCAGGUAGAACAGCGAUAUGUCAACUCUUUGCGGUAGCCCUGUAUCCCCUGUCUUAGACGUUCCGAAUGUUCAGCUAUUAAUUUCGACUCC